AUGCCGUCCUGCUUCGUGCGGCGCGCCCCCGGCAUCACCCGCCUGUUCGAGGACUGCCGCGCGGCGGAGAUGGACUACUUCCGCCGCACCGGGCUGUUCCCCAUCAUGCACUGCGUGGUGGUUCGCCGGGAGAUCUACGAAGCCCACCCGUGGGUGACCCAGAACCUCUACAAGGCGUUCUGCCAGGCCAAGGACCUCUGUGUCGGGCAGAUCUACGACACCAACGUGCUGCGCACCAGCCAGCUCUGGCAGUUGUUCGAGUACGAGGAGACGGUGGAUCUCAUGGGCGAGGACUUCUGGCCCUACGGCUUCGAGAGCAACCGCAAGACCCUGGACACCUUCCACUCCUAUCUUCUGGAGCAGGGCGUGAUCAAGAACCCCGUGGACGUGGCCAGCCUGUACGCGCCCAACACCCGCGAGGCGUUCAAGAUCUGA